GUGUGUAUCCCUUUAAUUCGUCAAUGGCGGCGAAAGAGUUGAGAAACUCCGUGUAUACACUAAAGUUUGGUUUAAAUGCACUUGGAUGACAUGUGCUGGUUACUAUCUAGUUUUGUUAUCUUUUCUGUGAUUGGAUGUUUAUUAUUUUACACCCACCCAUGCAUAUGAGAGUGCAAUGUGUUUGGUUGGUAAUGUGUCAAUCAAAAGAGAGAGAGAGUUUGAGACGAGUCAGAAACGCUCGUGCUAAAUGCGUGUUAUAUGGAUUAGUUUUCUUUAUAAACAGUGUUUUAGUUUGUUUAUGCUUUAAUGUUAACCAGGAGAUGUGAUAACGGACCUUAUUAACUUAUUAUCGUCUUAUUAACUGUUGGUGAGACCCUUUUUUUCCUUUGAGAAGAAACUGCCCGGUUGUGUGGAAUCGGAGUGCGUCUACAUAACGUAACGGGAACGAUAUACUGCAUUCAGCGUAUUACCUAUUGCGCCUAUUGGUAUUGCGCUAUUUAAUAGGGGAUAUUUUUAUAUCCCCUAUAUUUAGGGGAUAAUUAAUAUAUAUAUAUAUAUAUAUUUUAAAAAUUUAAUUUUUUUUUUGUUUAUUCAGUUUAUUCAGUAAGGGGACAAUAAUUAAUUUUGUUAUAAAACAUAUUGACUACUGUUAUUCAUACCUAUAUCUUGUUAUACAUAUUUCACGUUACUUAUAUACAUUCUAUAAUUCAUAUCACAAUAUAUUUUAUAUAGAAAAAUAAAUACAAAACUGUUUUUAUGAAUGUUUCUUUAUUGUGUAUUUAAGAGUCCAGGUAUCAGAGUAUUUUAAUUUCUUUAGUCGAGAGACCCCAAGUUAUUGAACCCGUCUCCCCACCCUAAAGAGCUUAGACUUGACACGACUAAGUAGGGCAGGGGGCACUACAUAAAGUGGUGGCCCGUUAGGGGAAUCUCUUCUUUCCUCUGGUAAAAUGUAGAGGAAGACAUAAAAGUAAAAGAAGACAUAAAACUUUGUUUAAUACCAAGUUGAUUGUGGAAAAGAAAAUUAACCCCUUCCUGCACUUAUUUGUAAACUCUUGAAGCAUGUCUUUCAGAAGUAACCCUCUUUUUCAAACUGAACUUACCAGUUGGUGUAGUGAGGUAGGGAUUGACCCAAGUCACGCGCUGCUGUUGACUGGAGUACCAGCAACUACUGAAGUGGCAAAAAUCGAGGAAGCGGCUCAGAGUGUAAAAUCCUUUGGAAGAGUGCGUGUUCGAGAUACCAGGAAUGGACCCAACUCAACUACUCUGUUAGUGUUAUGCGAGAGUAGAGAAGUCGUUGACGCCACACGCUGUCCUACCCAACUGCUGCAUGGUGAUGGUGAGGAGGCCUGGGAGAUUGUUGUUUCCACUGAAAGUGACUCACGACCUGCCGCCUCUGUAGAAUUCACCAAUAAGCUGUCAAAAUUUCUCAUGGAUGAGGGAAAGUCUAUGACUGACUUACAAGCUCUGUUUUCUUCCCUUGGUUCCAAUACCAGUUCCCCUGAGUCAAUUAUUCGUGCUGUGGGUGAUAUCCUAGAGAAGGCAGUGAAACCACAAAGUGACAGCAAUGCUUACCGUCGUUUACGUACCUUCUCGGGCACUGUUCCCACCCUCGCAGGAGAGAAAACCAUGGAACAUUGGAUCUAGCAGGCCAGAAUAAUGAUAACAGAUUGUGACUGCUCUGAGAAAGAAAAACGUCAGAUUAUUGUAGAAAGUUUGAAGGGACCAGCACUCGAAAUCAUAAAAGCUGUUCGUCUUUCUAGUCUGGAUACCAGUGCCCUGCAGUACCUGGAAGCCCUGGAAAGCACAUUUGGAUCCUCCGAGUCUGGAGAAGACUUGUAUUUUGCUUUUCGACUACUACGCCAGUCUCCUGGAGAAUCCUUAUCUGAUUUAUUGAGACGGAUGGAGAAAUCUCUGACCAAAGUUGUUCAAAGAGGAGGUUUUUCUUCAGCCAAUGUUGACAGAGCAGGAGUAGAACAGCUGAUCCGAGGAGACGUUGAAUCAGACAUGAUGCUCCUGCAGUUGCGACUAAGGGAGAGAAAAGAGCGACCACCUACUUUCUUGAACUUACUAAAUGAAAUACGUGAGGCUGAAGAGAGUGAAGCCACUCGGCGUAAUAACACUGCCACGGCAAAUCCCAUACACCUGCAGAGAGAAGAAAAAAUUAGUUCAUCAGUUGUACAGGAGCUCAAAGUAGAAAUUCAAGAACUCGGGGCUCAGCUGAAAAGGGGAUGUCCAACCGCUUUACCUGCUUCUUCCAUGAUGGUAAAGCCCAAGACAAAGAUAAGAUAUACAGAUACCACAGACAAGCAUGAGACAAAGAAUGAUUCAGAAGUUCAAGCUUUGAAAAAACAAGUCCAGCAGUUAUAACAACAGCUAGCUGUUAUGGGUGUUGGCCACAGUCAUACAAUGAGUCAGACACCAUCCUUGCCAAAGCCUUCCCCAGCUCCCCUUAGAAAAAAACCUGUCAGAAACAAGCAUGAUUACUUUUGCUAUAGAUGCGGAGAGGGCGGACACGUUGCUACGAAAUGUCAAGCUCCUGAGAACUCCACUCAAGUGAUCAAUAAGCUAGUCCG